AACCUAACAACGGGAGCGGUCACCCGGACAUCAUCUAAACCUACAUACCCAACACGUAGUGAUAACUGAUGUCCGGACAAAGCCGCUGCGAUGAGAGCGGCGUUUCGAACCGCCAUUCCCGCCCUCCUCUCCUCCUCUGCCGCCGCCGUCGCCGCCUUCCCCCCGUGCUUUAGUGUUCCCCGCGUCUCCCCUCUUCUCCUCCUCCGAAGCUCUGCCUUCUCGUCGGCGAUGGCGAACCACCCCACGCCGCCCUCCUCUUCCGCCUCUCCCUCGUCCUCCACCGCCACCGCCGCUGCCACCCUCGGUUCGUCAUCCUCCUUCUCGUCUUCGAUGGAGAAGCAGUUCGAGGAUUUCCGGGUCCACCUCGAGGAGUCGGGGAGCGUCCGCGAGCGGAUCCGCGGGGUGGUCAUGGAGAUGGAGGGCGCCAUCCGGCUCAUGCACUCCAGCCUCCUCCUCGUCCACCAGUCGCUCCCAGCCCCAGAGGUUUUAGAGAAGGCUCGGGUUCAGAUUGGGGUGCUUAAGGACCUCUUUGGUCGGCUCGCUGAGAUCCUCCGGGAAAGCCCCGGGCAGUAUUACAGGUAUCAUGGGGAUUGGAGGAGCGAGACACAGACCGUGGUUUCACUGCUUGCUUUUCUGCAUUGGUUGGAGACCGGGAGUCUUCUCACGCAUGAAGAAGCUGAGAAAAAGCUUGGAUUGAGUGUUUCAGAGUUUGGUCUGGACAUUGAAGAUUACCUUAUAGGAUUGUGUUUUAUGUCCAAUGAAAUGCCCAGAUAUGUGGUGAAUCAAGUCACUGCUGGGGAUUACGAUUGUCCAAGAAAGGUGUUGAAGUUCUUGACCGAUCUCCAUGCAGCCUUUAGGAUGCUAAACCUUCGAAAUGACUUCUUGCGUAAAAAAUUUGAUAGCAUGAAGUAUGACUUGAGAAGAGUUGAAGAAGUCUACUAUGAUGUCAAGAUCCGAGGUCUGUCAUCUGGGGGCUCCACAAAAGAUCAAACCACCACCCAAGCUUGAUGGGUUCUAGAAUUGCUGCAAUAAAUGCCGAUGUUUCUAUUUGUUUUUGUCAGCAUCUUGCUUUGCUGCAACCCAAAGUUUUAACCUGAAUUAUUCCAACCACUUCGACACUUGAAAAUCUUUCUUGCGGUUUUGAUUUGCCCCCUAUGUAUGGAGUCUACCCUUGGAUGUGAAAGAGUCACGGUCGUGAAGCUUGGAUUUGGACGAGUGAAUGGCAGAGUCACGGUCGUGAAGCUUGGAUUUGGAUGAGUGGAAGGGGGUAAAAAGGGUUCAUCUUCACAGCUUUAACUUCUACCUCUGAAGAAUGUCAAAUACAACAUUCUUUUGAUAUCUGGAUCAGCACAAGGCACUGCUUUUUUUUUUUUUCCUGCUCAUGCUGAUUUAACCUUGGGUUUCUUCUCUCUCUUCCCCUGUGAAACAUCAAGGUUACAAGUUUUUUUA